AUGACAGACAAUAAACUCAACGAUCAGUUUUUUAAUGUAAAAUGUGUUGAAUUGAACAACGAGUUGAUGAUUGGUGUGACAGCACUACACCUAUCGGUGAUGAAGAAUGAGAUGAAUCAAACCAAACGAUUGUUGAGAUCCGGCGCUGAUAUCAAUCUUAAGACUGGAUCAGUGUCUACAAAGACGAGUCAAAAAAUGAUGAAAGAGUUGUCACUCGAAGGACACAAUAUUAUCCGAUACUCACCGUUACAUUUGGCUGUUAUUAUAGGUUCGCAACCAAUGAUUCAAUUACUUAUUGACCGCAAAGCAGACAUCGAGGCCACUGACCAUAACUGGUUGCGACCGAUUGAACUAAGUGUGAGUCUAAAGAAGCCGAAAGUGACCGCUUUGCUCAUCAAAAAUAAUGCUCAAUACAAGAGUUCAUACUAUAAUCACUGGCCACUACUGUUCCGAGCAAUUGAUUCACAGGACCGCCAUUUGGUUGCAUUGUUUGGCCGAUUACAGACACGAAGUCUUUACUAUAAGAACGAGACACCCAUUGAAUACGCGAUGAAAGUAUUUCCCGAAUGUGUGACAAUUCUUAUUGAUUUUGGACGACAAUUGCAUUUUCCGAAUGACACGACUGGAGAAACACCGCUUCACUUAGCAGUUCGUUACAAACGUGACGAUUGGGUGAAAGAGCUUUGCUAUAAUACAUGUAACCCGAAUGUGGCCAACAAUGAUGGCGAUCGUCCGCUACAUUUAGCCGUCAAAUUUAGAUGCGACUCUCAAAUGCUAUUAAUAUUACUCGGUUUCGGUGCGGAUCCAAACUUCAGAAAUUAUUGCAAUCAUACAGCACUGAGUUUGGCCAUCGAGUUGAACAACACUGAAGCCAUUAGUUUGUUAUUAAGAUAUCGAAGCAAUUGGUCGCCACUAAAGUCAAAAUUGUCUGAAUUGGAGCAUUCAAUUAGAUUCCAUUAUUUUAAUAUUACUUUUGAUAUACUGAAGACUAUUAAUCAAAAGAUAAACAAACUCUUUGAAGACGAACCGCUCAUUUGGUUCUUUCUUAAGCAUUGUGUUAACGCUGUUGACAACGAAAUUAUGGUAAAUAUCAUUAAAAGAAUAAUUGAAAUGACAGACGAUAUCAAUACUUUGCAUUGUAUUUGGGGAACACCUCUUCAUUAUUUAAUUUACGCCAACAUUUGUAAACCUAAUACUCUGUAUUUGAAAUUAUUCAAAGAGUUGAUGGCAUCACAAAAGUGUGACAUAAAUCAAAAUUUUAAACCAAAGGAUGCCAUUUAUAAUGGAGAGACUGUAGAAGUAGACAGAAUUAUGGCGAGUGGUUCACCACUUUCUUUUGCAUUGCAAAUGAAUAAAUGCGGUGACUUUGCUGUCUAUCUGAUCAAAAUGGGAGCUAAUUAUGAAGAUAUUGAUUGGGAGAACAUCUACUUCGCUCCGGACAACACAAUGGCAUUCAAAAUGUUAAUAACAAUGAACUGCAAAUUCCCAAAAAAUUUUAGUACUUAUUCUGAUCCGCGUCACGACGAGUCCGUACCCGACGAUGAAUAUGAUUAUUAUAUUGAAAUGUUUGAUAAAUUUAUCAAAUGGAUGAAUAAACGGCUUUCUAAACCAUUGACACUAAAAGAAAUAACUCGUAAUUUUAUACGUAAACAAUUUGAGACCGAAAAGUGUCGACAACUUAUGACAAACAGUGAUCGACUGUUUGCAAACCAAUUACCAAAAUCAUUGAUAAAUUAUCUCAAGUUUUUUAAUGACGAUAUAAACUAA